GCAUGUGCUUGUAACCGAAAAGUAUAAGCCACUGCAUGCGUUAUAAUAUUAUUAUUUCGUCGUAUUUUAAACUUAAUUUUUUUCACUAAACUUUUGUUUUAUUACGUACUCGUAUUUUUUAACGUAAAAUGGAUCCAUCAGAAAAUAAAAAAAUUUAUAAAUCAAGGAAGCCAUCAAAUAAAAAAAAUCAGAGUUCACGAAUGAGGUGCCUAUUUGGAAUACGCAACCAAAACAAGCACAAUCCCGAAGUAAUUGAACCUGUUGGAGAACCCUUUUUCUUAGGUGCUGAUAAUCGACCACCAUGUUCAUCAAGGGAAACAAUCAGGUACAACCCCGAAGUAAUCGAACCUAUUGUGGAACCCUUUUUCUUAGGUGCUGAUAAUCAACCACCAUGUUCGUCAAGAGAAACAAUCAGUGAAAUAACCAACUCGAGAGACAUUGAAAUUAAUGAUUUGGGUAUUGAAGAAACCUUACAUGACUUGGUGGCUGAAAAAUCUAUAUCUAGUAAUCGGAAUAUUGAGUAUCAAAGCUCUGGUAGACGAAUAGUAGAUAUAAAUUACGUUUUUUAUCAAAUUAAAAAUAGUAAUCACCAAGGGCCAUUUGAUUGUUCAUUUUUAAACAUGACGUUUAUUUCUGAAAAAAAACAUGGAUUCAGAUCAACUUUUAAGUUUAAAUGUGAUGUUUGUAAUAUUAUUACGUUCAUUGACUCGGAAAAAUCGAAACCAGAAACUUAUUUGCCAAUUAACGAAGCCAGUGUCAGUGGAUCGAUAUCAGCUGGAAUUGGAUAUACGCAAUUGUCUGAAUUGUGUGCGACAAUGGAUGUUCCAUGUAUGGCGUCGUGUACUUAUCUAUUAGUUCAAGAAUUUAUCAACAAAAGAAUUCACGAUGUAGUGGAAGCACAAAUGAAAAUUGCCGGUGAAGAAGAACGUCGUUUAGCAAUAGAAGCUGGAUCUGUAGAUAUUGAUGGGAUACCGAUGUGUACAGUUGUCGCCGAUGGACAAUGGUCUAAGCGCAGUUACAAAACUAAAUAUGAUGCAUUAUCUGGAGUAGCGACAAUAAUUGGUUAUAGAUCGAGAAAAAUUUUGUUCGUGGGUAUUAGAAAUCGGUUUUGUGUAAUUUGCCAGAGGGCGAAAAAUAAAAAAAUACAUCCUCUUGAACAUACAUGUUUUUUAAAUUGGACAAAGGGCGCUACAAGUAUGGAAGCUGAUGGUAUUGCUGAUGGCUUUAAACAGAGUUUAGAUAUGCAUGGUCUAAAGUACAAUAAACUAAUAGGAGACGGAGACUCUAGCGUUACAAAAAGAUUAGCUGACAUAAUGCCUUAUGGCCCUAGACUACAAGUAAUAAAAAUAGAAUGUCGCAACCAUUUAUUGCGAAACUAUGGAACAAAAUUAAGAGCUAUGACGUUAAAUACUAAGUUCCCGAUUUCGUUAAGAAAUCAUAUAAAAUCAAAUAUAUUACGCUUUAGAUUUUCAAUAACUAAGGCAAUUGAAUAUCACAAUAGUUUACUAGAUCAAACAGAUUACCAAAAAUCAGUAGGCAAGUUGAUUAUUCAGAUAUAUUAUUUUUUUUUCUAA